CGUCAUGCCUCGGGACCUCUCCGCACUCGCCAAAGAAAGCAACAUUGGGGCUCUGCCGACUUCAAGAAAGCCCACCGCCAACGACGAUGCCUAUGAGGAGCCCAUGUCGGCCGAUGACGAGAGCCAAAUGAUCGACGAGCUGUCAGAGCGCCAUAACAGCAAGCUGGACGAACUCCACCCUUACACACAAACACUUUCAACGGCUGACGUCGAAAGCUGUGUUCUUCUGGAGAACGCCGCGUUCCCUCCAAACGAACGAGCCUCACGAGAAAAGUUUCAAUACCGCCUCAAAAAUUGCGGCGAACUGAGCUUAGGAAUCUUCACAUCUCAAGAGACUUCCGAUGCCGUCACAGCAGAAACCGCAGCGCCUGUGUAUUCAGGUGCUCCCGAGAGAAAAGCGGUUCUCCUAGGCCACAUCCUUGCCACCAAAUCCACAAACACGACCGUGACCGAUGGCGACAUGGCGGUGCCAUCAGACACCCCAGACGCUCAAGGCGGCCACAACCACGAAGGCCGCACGAUCUGCAUCCACAGCAUCGCCGUCUUACCCGAGUAUCAACGUCGCGGCUUGGGUUCGACGCUGCUCAAGGCGUAUCUGCAGCGUAUGGACAGCCAUGGCGUGGCGGAUCGGGUGGCGCUCAUUGCCCACGAUCAUCUCAUUCCGUACUAUGAGAAGUUCGGAUUUGUGAAUCAGGGUGAGAGCAAGGCGCAGUUUGGCGGCGGCGGUUGGUUCGAUAUGGUGCUCGAGUUCGAGUACGACAAUCAUUGAAGGCGCUGGGAGUGGCUUACUUCGAGACCGUAUGUCCCAAAUCCUCCACUACUAG